CAAAAUGUCGUCCAUUUUCAAGAAGUUUGGUAAAUCUGAUGAGGAAAGUAAAGGAGAAAGCUCCAAAAAGAAGUUUCCGUAUCUGUCGUUCUCAAAACUUAGCAGUGAACCAAAGCCUGAUUUAAUUUAGUAAUUCAUCUACUAGUACGAGUUCGAAAGCAAAUAAGAGUUCGAAGAAGUCAUCAAAGAAAGGAAGCAUGGAGGAUCACAGAAAAGUGUUUGAACAAUUUGCUAAGAAAAAUCUUAACAUGGGACGAAGCAUCCCUUUAUGAAUAUUUUUCUUUGUAUUAUCCAUCUUCUGGUUUGGAGUAUCCUUCUUCAUGCUAGAGAUAAUUGCUGUAUCUCCAUAUAAAUUUGUAAUGGCAUUCACUCUUGGCUCAAUGUGCUUAAUGGCCUCUCUAGCUUUCCUCAGUGGAACAUAUAACUUUCUCAAGAAAUUAGUCAAGCCAAAAAGAAUUGUCUUUACAGGAUCUUACUUUGCCUCACUAGCAGCUUGUUUCUUCUUUUCAGUCCUCUGGAAAAACUUAGUGCUUAUGAUUAUUGCCACUGUAUGGCAAGCAGUUGCUUUGUUAUUCUUUGUGUUUUCAACUGUACCAGGAGGAGCCACAGGUCUGAAAAUGAUCUUCAAAAUGGGCUAUAUCGUAGUCGAGAGGUGCUUCAAAAAAGUUCUGAGAAUCUAAGAAAUCAU